AUGGCGUGGGUUCUCGUAACAAUGUGUUGCACCUUUGCUGCUCUCGGUUCAUUCCUAUUUGGCUACGAUUCAGGUAUCAUCUCUUCCAGUAUUGCUCAAAAAGACUUUGUUCGGAGGUUCGAAGAUCAAUUGAACGAUGCCUCAACAGGUGGUAUUGUUUCAGCCUUCACAGGAGGAGCUAUAGUUGGGUCUCUUGGGGUAUCCUAUGUAUCUGACACAUACGGCAGACGGAUAGCCAUUUUUGUUGGCGGAAUCUUGGCAACUUUUGGGGCUUCAUUGCAGGGAGCUUCUUAUACAAUUGCGAUGCUAAUUGCAGGGCGAUUUAUUGCUGGAAUAGCGAUAGGGCUAAUGUCUGCUACCAUUCCUGUAUAUUGCUCGGAAAUAGCACCUCCGCGUAUUCGAGGUCUCCUUGGAGGCAUGCAACAGUGGAUGCUUGGAUGGGGUUUCUUCGUUGCACAAUGGGUCGGCUUUGGAAGCUCCCACUCCAAGAGCUCCUUUUCCUGGCGCUUCCCCCUAAGUCUCCAAGCAUUCCCCGCCGUGAUCCUUGUAGGCGGUGCCUUAUAUCUUCCCGAAUCUCCUCGCUGGCUUAUUGAGCACGGUCAGUCCGAGGCUGGCCGUGAUGUCCUGGUCCGCUUACAUUCAAACCACACCCAUCCCAACACCUCCCUCAUUGAACACGAAUACAAACAAAUCUGCGACACCAUUGCUCUCGAACAACGCGAAACCUCAAAAUCCUGGCGAGAAAUACUCAUCAAUAACCGAAGCUGGCGCCGCCGCAUUCUCCUCGCCAGUAUUAUCCAAGCCCUGACUCAAUGCUCCGGUGUCAACGUCAUCCAAUAUUACGGUCCUCGGCUAUACGCCUCGCUCGGAUUUUCUAUCUCGCGCUCUCUAAUGAUAAUCGGCAUAUCCGGCGCUCUCGCGCAGACUUGGAAUACGCUAUGCCUUGUGUUUAUUGACGUCAUUGGUCGACGCAAGCUUCUCAUUCCCUCCUUACUCGGCAUGGGCGCAGCCUUGUGCGUUGAAGCUACGCUAUCGAACUACUUCAAGCCGGAUAGUUCAACGAACAAACAAGCUCUCCGCUCCUCCGUUGCCAUGUACUUUGUCUUUUCGUUCUUUUACACAUCGCUUGGUGUGAUAUCGUGGAUAUACCCUGCCGAGAUAUUCAGCAUGCCAAUCCGGGCGCGCGGAACAUCUGUCAGCACAUUCGUUAAUUGGUCUUUCAAUCUCCUGUUUGCACAGUGUGCACUGGUUGGGCUGUCCAGAAUUCAGUAUCGGUUUUUUUACUGCUUUAUGGCGUUUAAUUGGGCUGGAGCAGUAAUAGUUUGGUUAUGGUUUCCGGAAACUGUAGGGAAGUCAUUGGAAGAAGUAGAAGAGGUGUUUACAGACAGAAAAGUCAGACAGACAGCGAUUGGGGAGCACAGUGUAAUUAGUCCUAGUAGCUGUGGGAAGGAGUCUUUGGUUAUCUCAAGUUUUAGUGAACAGACGAAGGCAGCCGUCUAA